AUGUGUCAGAACAUAGUUGGAUCAGAGACUCAUGUUAACUCAAUGAGACUGAUGCAUACUGUCAAGGAUAAUGUAAGCAGCAAUACCAAGGUAACCGUUAUCACAAGUGGAAGUUUUGGAGAAGGACUAGAGUUGAGAGGAAGUGAUUUGGAUGUAAUGUAUGUAACUAAAUCGAUAGAGGUUUUUGAAGACUUUAAAACGGCUUACACUACAGUUUAUUUAUGUUUGGAAAUGGAAACAGAUGAUGUGAAACCUGGUUUCACUCAGUUGCUAAUAGAGCAAAUCCAUACUCAAUUUCCAUGUAAACACUGUGAGGAACAUAAUGGGAAACACUAUUUCUCGGGCACAUCAUUUAAACAAGAAAUCAUGGAGAAUACAGAUACUAUAGUUCAUGGGCCAUGUGUAUCUGACAAAGAAGGAAAGUGGGACCAAGCCAUGUGCUUACAUUGUAGAACAUGGAUAUCACAAGCAUCACAGUGGAUAACAAGAUCAAAUAACUCAUGGCCAAGUUAUAGUGUCAAACAAAGUAUUAUAAAACAUGGAGUACUUUUUGUACCAAUCGGAGUUAAAGGAUCGCCAAAAGAGGAUAUAGAAUGGCGAAUUUCUUUUUCUGUUGGUGAAAAAUUUCUAAUUAAUACUUUUACACAUACUCAAUUGAUUUGUUAUGCCCUACUGAAAAUCCUUUUGAAAGAUGUAAUAGCAACCUACGCCGAAUGUGAAAAUUUACUCUGUUCAUAUUUCUUGAAAACAAUUAUUUUCUGGGUUUCUGAAGAAUUACCACAAUCAAUAUGGAAACCAGAAAAUCUAAUACAUUGUUUCAUGCGAUGUUUUAGCAGACUGAUUUAUUCUGUUGACUAUUCAAUUUGUUUACAUUACUUCAUACCAGAAAACAACAUGUUUGAGGACAAAAUACAGGGACACGCUCACAGGGAAACAAAAACCAAAUCAUUAGCUCUGUAUCGUUUUAUGUGUUUUAACAUAGUUGGAAUAGAAAAUCAUGUUAAAACACUAAGACUGAUGAAUACUGUCAGGGAUGUUAUGACAAACAACAACCAUUAUACCACUAUCACAAGUGGAAGUUUUGGUGAAGGGUUUGAGCUGAAAGGGAGUGAUUUGGAUAUGAUGAGUGAAGCAAAGUUUAUUGAGGUUGAUACAGAUGGAAUAAAACCUCGACUCAAUCCAAAUCUUAUAUAUUUGAGAACAGAAACAGACGACCUUAAACCUGGUUUUACUCAGAUGGUGGUAGAACUUACUGAUAAUCAAAGUUUACUACAAUUCUGUGAAAAACUUAAUGGAAAAUUGUAUCUCUCGAGGACAUUAUUCAAAAAAGGUUUCCUUGGAAAUACAAUGAAUAUUUAUGGUUCAAAAAUCCAUGGACCAAGUAUAUCUGACAAAGACGGAAUUAAGUUCUUUGCUUACAUUAUAUUUUUUCAUUCUAAAUCCUACAAAAUUCUCGGUAUUGCUUUACAAUUACUAGGAGAGAGUGAAUCUGACCGACAUGCAUUUAAGCGGUCAGUUAAAAUAGAUGCGGAUAAAAGAUAA